AUGCACCUGUCCGCCGAGGCGCCGCCGCCCGGGGGCGGGGAGCCCGCCGCCUCCGCCGCCCCCGCCGCCGGCUACACCGCCCUCACGGCGGACGUGCUGGCCGAGCGCACCCUCGACGGGCUGCUGUCCGAGCACCCGGGCGAGCUGGUGCGCACCGGCAGCCCGCACCUCGUGUGCACCGUGCUGCCGCCGCACUGGCGCUCCAACAAGACGCUGCCCGUGGCCUUCAAGGUCGUGGCGCUGGGGGACGUCAUCGACGGCACGCUGGUCACCGUGCGCGCCGGCAACGACGAGAACUACUGCGCCGAGCUGCGCAACUGCACGGCCGUCAUGAAGAACCAGGUGGCCAAGUUCAACGACCUGCGCUUCGUCGGCCGCUCCGGCAGGGGCAAGAGCUUCUCGCUGACGAUAAUAAUAGGCUCGUCCCCGCCGCAGAUGGCCACCUACAACAAGGCCAUCAAGGUCACCGUGGACGGUCCCCGGGAGCCCAGGUCCAAGACAAGGCACCAGCAGUUCCAUCCGUUCCACUUCGGCCCGCGUCCGUUCCACUUCGGCAACCCGCUGGACCAGAGGGUGCCCGACCCUCUCGUAGGAGCGCUGCCGUUCAAGCUGACAGGUGAGUGCGAUCGAUACAUAUCGAUGUUGUUCUUCUGGGCACAGUUCCAACAGUCGCUGGCGAGGGAAGCGCCCCGCCCUAAGACGCCGGCGCCCCUGGGAGCAGGGAUUAGCAGCUCGGCGGGCCGGAGAGUUAGCGAAGACAGCGGACUCGGUCGCCGCGCAGCUACGGAGGAGGCGCCCGGGAUUACGGCGGCCAGCCCCGCCGGUUCCACGGGCUUCCGCGGGGCUUAA